AUGGGUUAUUCAAAAUCCAAGGGAAUUAAGUUUUAUGUGUUGACAUUGAUAGUUUUUUUGUGCUUAAGCGAAGCAAAGACAUCGGAGAACAAGACGCACACGACAGAGACAAAAAGUUCACCAAAGAUGAGCGACGGCGCGGCGUUGAUGUUUGCCGAUGAAUUCAAACUCACGUUCGAGCGGUACUUGUUCGGGAUCUGCCCGCAGAGUUACAAGUCUCGUUGGUCGCAGAUGCCCAUCAGCGGUAAGGGGAAGAACACUACAACCCUCACAUGCGACCUGGAUGCUGAUCAGGAGGACUUAGCUGGCAGACUGGCUACACUAGCGCUACGUGCACACUCUGCCUCUCGCUCAGAUUGCUCGCGACUCGGCGUGGCGCUCGCGAACUCGCUCGGUGAACUUGCGCGCACGGCUGCUAACAGGCAGGCUUUCACAGCCGCUGCAGCGAAUGAGGCGAUAAAGAAACGAAAGCUUUCAAAGAGCCAAAAGGCCAAGAUCCAAGCAAAGCAACGGACAGCGCUAGCCGUAAAGAAGAAGGCAGCGGCCGCUGCUGCUGCAGCCGCCGCCAAGAUGGCGUCUUGA